GUGGCCACAUUUCGUCAGAGUGGAUCCUCCGAGACACCUCCACGGCUAACUUGGCUCUCUCGCCCAAACACAUAAAUACCAGUUACUCUCCUCGACCUCCUCUUUUCUGGUCCACUUUCUCCAAGUAAGUGAAAGCUCAUCCAUUUAAUUCCCAGGAUUACGUUCACAACCAGGCAAGUCACUCGGCCCCCGUUAACUUGCUCCACACCAAACGUCGCAAAUAUCCAGAAAGUGGUCGCGGACGAGGGGAAAACAGGUUCUCUCCCAGGUCUCCUCACAUUUUAGUGGUCGGACGUGAAGACUGGCUGGCGGUGUGGUGAGCAAGCUGCACACACACUUUGGCUGUUUGACAUCAUGUCAAAUGUUCAAAUAUGAGUCUGGAUUUAUCAACCAUCAACCAACAAUCAGAGAAACUCUUCUCAUGUCAAUUUACCACUUUGAGGCUUUCCUCGUAAGCUCUCCACUUCCUGUCCCAACUUCCACCACGACUUGAACCAGUCGAGAGACGAUUUGUCUCCGGUGACAAUUCUCCUCCACCAACUACUUCUCGAUUUCUUCUCGUGACCUCAAUUCUUUGUUCCCACUCGUCCUUGAAAAAUUGUGGCCACUUAAAAACGGUGUUUUAGUGAUAUCUAAAUAUAACUUUUCGUACAAUCUAUUGUGGAAUUUGUUAGGUGAUUCGCGUGGGUUUAAUUCAGAGACGUCGACGCUAAAAAAAUGAGACAAGUGGAUUUUGUAGUGAUUCGGUGGAAAUGUAGGUUUGGACUUUAAUUGCAAAUGGAAAAGUGCAGCUAAUUUGAAGAAGUUUGAAGAAAAACGUGAGCACAAUGGAUCAUUUAGUCUCAAAGUUGACUUACGUUCAUCUCGCGCUGUGGAUUGCAGUCGUGGUUUCAGAGUCGCUCGGAUUGAGCAGCGUCCAACCUCAGAAUGUGGACCUCUACUUUCCAACACCAAUCGCGGAGGGGGACGACUUGACGAUGAAUUGUCGGUUUAAGGUGGAUCAAAACUCUUCAAUUUACCAAGUGAAGUGGUACAAAGGGAACCGAGAAAUAUUCAGGUAUACGCAAAAGGAGAGUCCACCUAAGAAGUCGUUUCCCUUGUCUCACGUGAUAGUGGACGAGAAGCAAUCGGAUAUGAACAAACUUGUCCUGAGAAAGGUACCCCUGGCGCUGAGAGGGGUCAUAUCUUGUGAAGUCAGUUUUGAACCGUCAUUCCAGACAAUCAUCAAAACCAGUCAGCUGCUCGUCGUAUCUAAACCCAAAACAAGGCCCUCGUUAACCGUGGAGUUUUAUCCCCUCAACAAACCCAAUUCCAAAACCGGCGUGGAAACCGUGAUGGUGAAGAAGGACGACGUUCUAACCGCAAACUGCACCGCCGGCCCAUCAAUUCCUUCCCCCAAUAUUACGUUCUUCAUAAACGGGGAAAAUUACAAUUCCAUAAAAUUGGGAGUUCUCGAGAGAAAGCAGGAAGUCACGGUCGACCCGGUGAACAAGACGGAGAUUCGCUGGGCCAGCCUCCGCCUUCAAAUCAGCUAUGCCCACUUUGUGGCACAUAAAAUUCGCGUGAGGUGCGAGGCCACAUUGUUUAAUUUGUACAACGAGACUUCUGACCAGUACGAGGCUGAACGGUUUCGGGAGACAGUCAUGCUGCCCUCCAGUUACGGAGGGGUCUACGGCAAAAAUGGUGCUGGCUGGUCCAUGGGCUGCGGAGGCGGCAAGUCUCCCGUCAUUUUCGGACGGCUGGUUUGGUCCAUAGCCAUCGUUGGGGCUGUUCAAUUGGUGCUGCUUCUUACCACGUUGUCAAACACGACGCCAUGAUCGUCCCGCUUCACAAAGGAUCCUCAAUAAGAGUGAACCACCAUCUCAGCGAGGACUAUGUCAAAACUUAGUGAAAUUAUAAACUGGAGCAGCAAAACGAGUGGAAAGCGAGCAGUGAAAGCAGCAUCACAUUGAAAGGGGUAGACUGAAACAUUGCGAAAUGCCACCACCACCGACACGAAUACAGCUUAAUAAACUCCAGUUUUGUCAUAAUUGAUGUUCCAAUUGAGCUUUGUGUCUGUAAUCUUGUCGAUCCAAGGGCAAGUUACUUUUCCUCUGAAUUUCCUCAUCCCACGAACAAAACUUUCCCUACGAAAAAUAGAAUUAAACUCCAAAAAUCACCAGCAACAGGAUAAAAAUAACAAUCACGCUUAGUUUCGUAAAAUCAAUUAAGAGUACACCAUAAAUAUUAAGGAUAAGGGUUAAAUAUUUAUGCAAAAGUUGAAAACAAGUUCGAAAUACGUGUAAAAAGUUUGGAUCUCAUGAAACAUUGAAGAAUAUAUAUCUACCCACCAUGCUACCAGUCUUAGUUUUAACACGUUUUUAUGCAAUCACACUUGAAUAAUGCAAAUCUUUGUAAAUUGGCGUUACACCAUUUCCAAAGCAUUCUUGUAAUAGAGACGUAGUUUUCAUUUGGUAGAUUUAUAAGGCAAGUGUAAACAAAUGUGUGUCUGUCUAUCUAGGUAUCCAAGUACGAAUGGCAGCAAGCAGGUGAAAUUGUGCGCCGUAGGUUAUCUUUUUUAAGGUAUGAUAGGACGUAACCAGGUAUGGAGAAAGAUGAGCAGGACGCAAUUUUGUGUAAGGUGGGCGGGUAUGCGAGGCAAGAGAGUUUUAUUCCCCAGCGACUACUAACCCUAACUGGAAGAACAUUUAAUACUCGGGGAGAGGCCGGAGCGGAGGAAAGUAAUGCGAAUAAUAAUGGGGUAUGAUAUGUAUAUUAAUAUCUAUUAUGGAUAAUGCACUCCGAGAGCGUUUGUCAACUCUCUUUCCUAUCCAACCUUCACGACUUGUGACUCCAAAACUUUUCCGGGAGCCACUUUUCUGUUUUUAUUUUACUCAAGUGCUUCUUCUCACAACGACUCGCUUAUUAUUUUCAACAUCCUCCUCGCGAUCUGCAUACCCAGCGAAGGCGAAAUUCGGGUGCACAAAAAUAUUUAUCAAAUCUCUUUAAGCUGCUGUUUGGAAUUGUUUUAACGAACUGAGUCUCUCGUCAAGGGUUUCCUCAAGGAAUAAUUAGGGGUGAAUUUUUUUAAACGUGAUACAAUCCUUAAGCUACUCGAAUAUAUGGUAUUUACUAGCAAAAGUAAGGUAAUUGGAUAACAAGUUUGUGUAAAUUGGAGGCAAAUAUUCUGAAAUGUGCUCACCUCUAUUGUAAAAAUGUAUAAUUCCUACUACACUUUGUCGAUAAGCUUAUUAAGUGAUAAGUACAUAUAUAAAUUAGCCUAAAUAAAACAGAGAUUUAAUGGUGUCAUUCUCAUCCCCGUGAAAAUUUGUUGUUUGUUACGUCACGAAGAAAUCUGGAAUUCUUUGUUCUGUUUUUCCUGUUCUCGGUGUCGCAUGUCCAAAAUUUAUGUUUACAGCAAGAGAAAUUUAGUUAUUGUACUCAUUAGUAAAUUGAAUAGCGCACUUAUUAGAUUUUGGUCAAGAAGUUCUCAAUCUUCUGCACGACUAAUGGUGAAUGCUGUCAGUGAAACGAGAGAUACAGGAACAUAUAUUGCAACCAUGCAUUACACGAAUUGAUGAAUAAGUGACCGGAUAUAGUAUUAUUUUGCCCAUUUAUUUUACAAAAACCCAAACUUUUUUGACUCACUGAUUGCGAGAGGAGGCGGAGUUGGAAUUUCCAUCAUCAGGACGAAUGAUCUCGAUGCUCUUUGUCCAUUUCGUUUGGCGUGGUCGAGGGAAAAGUGCACAUUGAAAUGGUAUUCCAUGUCAAGUGAGCAUUUAAAUGGGACGCCAUGGGACCAUUUCUAUUCAUUUCGCGACAACUUGAAAACUUUCUCUUGGACAGAAAUGAGUCGAGGAGGUGUCCCUGAGAAGCAGUUAUACAAGUUUUACAUCUCACACUCUCUCAUACUUAGUUGCUACUUAACCCAUUUCUCCCCUAGUAAAUUCAGGGGUGUGGCUUUUAGCACUUUUUCCAUCUCGCCAAUUGCACACCCGCAAUGCACCUCCAUCAGCUACACACAUACAUAUUUUACUGUUUUGAUGGUGACCUCAAGUAAUAAUCGACUACUAAAUAAAUAAUGCAGCUCGUAUCAUAAGCUUACUCACUUUACACAAAUAAUUACAUUUGCAGACGGAUAUACUUACCACAUAUUAUUGUACAUACAUACAUUUCUAGUCUAUCAACUAAAUGCUUAGACCAUAAUAU